AUGGGUGCUAACCUCAACAUGUGGACUCCCAUCUUCUUCAACAAAUACGUAACGUCCGCAGCGAGGCCAUGCUGGACACCAUGGCCGGCCGGGCGGCGGCGGCGGCGGGGGCCAGCUCCUGGUGCGGCGGCGGCGGCGGCGGCGGCGGGGGGCGAGCUGGGCUGCUACCUCUUCAACUGCACCCACCGCGGCCGCUCCGUCUGCCGCUUCGCCCCGCACCGCGGCUACAGCACCUACAGCCGCCGGCCCGCCGGACCGGCCCCGCCGCCGGAAGAAGAAUACGACGAGCCCCCACGGUGCAAGGCGGGGCAAGAUAUUGUGCUGCAGUCACCUGUCGACUGGGUGCUUUUGGACGGCCGAGAAAGCUCAGAUGACCACGGAAUUGUGCAGUACGAGUGGACGCUGCUGCAAGGUGACCCAUCGGUUGAAAUGAAGGUACCACAGCCAGGAACACUGAAACUGUCUCACAUCCAGGAAGGCGGGUAUGUUUUCCAGCUGACGGUGACAGACACCGCGGGUCAGCGGAGCUCUGACAAUGUCUCCGUGACCGUCCUGCCCAUGGUUCAUUCUGCAGUAGCCUGUGUUGGGGUUUGCUCUCGCUACCAGUUUAUCUGUGACGAUGGCUGCUGCAUCGACAUCACCUUUGCCUGCGACGGCGUGAGACAGUGCCCUGAUGGAUCGGAUGAGACUUUCUGCCAGAACUUGAGCCCAGGUCGGAAGACGGUGACUCACGCGGCCCUUGGCACCGCCCAGCAAAGGACUGUAGGACUGACUGAAAACACGGAUGAAAACUCUGCAGAAAAGACCCUGAAAGCCACUGCCAGAAAUCAGCCUCUGCUCUCAGUGGAUGCAGAAGUGUCGAACCAAUCGCUUUCUCAGGGACCAAAGAAACAAAUCAGUGGAUUUGUGCCAGAUAACAGUUCCUCAGGGAAAAGAACAGAUGAUAAAAAUGGGAACGGCAUAACUGUGCCAAAGAGAGAUCAGCUUGGAGGUGGUCGUCCAGUCCCAGAAACAGGUGCUGUGUUACCCUUAGCCUUAGGCUUGGCCAUCACUGCUUUACUGCUGCUUAUGGUUGCUUGCAGACUGCGUUUAGUGAGACAGAAGCUUAAAAAAGCUCGACCCAUUACAUCUGAAGAAUCCGAUUACCUCAUCAAUGGGAUGUAUCUCUGAAAAUUGGAUUUAGGUCAGUCGUUUUCUCCCCUUUCUCCUGUGUCCAUGAACCUCUGCCUCUAUAAAAGGACCGAAACCUUUAGCUAAGUUUGAAGUAUAGAAGAGAAGCCCGUGAGAUGAGAAACAUGUUCUUCCCCUUCGGUGAUAAAAUAAAAAAGUGGGUAGAUGCCCGUGCUCAGAAAACAAGAAGCGCUCAGGCUCCAGAGAGUAGCUCCACUUGGCUCUUGUGCAGAAGACACUGCAAGGUGGGGACACCCCAAACUGGAUGUGAGGUGUCCUUGCCCACCCUCCCACAGCAGCGGGGGUCCCGGCCAUGGCAGAACGUGCCCUGGGGCCAGAGCAUUAGAGCAACCCAGGCUCAGUGGCCCCAGCCACGCUGGCUGAGGUAUAGAGGGAAGCCUGUGCCACCCUGCUCUUCUCGGCACUGCCACCGCUCUGGGGGUUGGGAUGGUCCAGAUCAACCCGUUGCUUCCCUGUCCAGCAGAGAGCGAUUUGUGGACUUUCUACCUGAUGCACUGGGAGUAUUUUCCUUAAAGAAUUUGUCUUGCUUUAUCUAAACACCAGCUUUUGUAAUGAAAUUUGGGGUUUAAGGAACUAAACAUCUCGUUUUCAUUCGCAGUUUAAGCCUCUCCGCAGCUAGCGGAGGGUCACGCUUACCAAAUGCCAAAAUAUAAAACCACAAGUCCUCAGCAGAGGAGCUGGGGCUUCCCCAGUAGCUCCACAGCAGUCCCCUGCCACCCCAGAGCUCAGGGGUCCUCUCCCCAAUAGCUCAGGGCUCGUUCAGCCUCGUCCACCCCCUGGCUCCACACCCUCCGCAGCAGGAGAGGGCAGCACCCAGUGGCUUGUACCCGGGACACCGGAGCAUAGGAUUCCCACCGGUUAUCCCAUAGCUCCCCGCAAAGCUUGAAAGCUUCAGCGACCUGCCCCCCAACCCCAGCAAAGUUCUCCUAGAAUUAGAGCAAGUAAUUGAUAUGUGUGAGUGAACUCCAGACGUGUUUAACAGUAAAAUGUGUACAGUACAUGUUAAAUAUACAUAUAUAUAUAUAUGCACACACCGUGCUGUCUAUCUUGUCUGACUGUCCAAGGAUGUCACAUUCAUCUCGGGUCCCAAUAAAAACAGAGGCAGAUGAGGCAUGCAUCUUUUUGUAUGUCGUCUUUUGUACUUCAGUAACUUCAAGUCAGCCAGAAUAUUGCCAUGGUAUACAAAUAGUUCUUCAAGUUGCUCAGUCUUGAUUACUUUAUGUAAAAUAGCUCUAAUAAACCUAUUUUAUUCUUA